AUGAGGGUCCAGACGCUAUAUCCAGGAUGUAUGAGGAUCAAGGAUCUGAAGACUGAGUGGAGAAUAGUUGAUGAUCGGCUGGAAUACUAUCGCCCUGACAACUUAAAGGCGAUAUUAGGUGACGAGAACGCUUGGAAACGAGUCUUGAGAGAUCCAGAAAUUCAAGAAGUAUUAAAGAAGAACCAUGAGGACCCAGAUGCUGCGCAUCUCGGGAGAGAGAGGAUGUAUGAGCGGAUUAAAACUCAUUAUUAUUGGCCAGGAAUGUAUCAAGAUGUCGAUAGUUAUGUGGGACAAUGUGGAGUCUGCAAGAAGGCCAAAUAUAAGCAAUCAUCGUCAAAAGCUCCGUUCCAAACAAGGUCAUACCCGCUGUUUCUGGUAACAGACAACGGCCGGGAGUUUGUGAACGAGACUUUAAAGGAAUAUUCAAACACCGUGGGAGUCAAACAUACUCCUAUCGCAGUCGCACAUCCUCAAGCAAAUCCGGUGGAGAGAAUUAAUCGGACCAUCAAGCCAAUGAUUCGUUCAUACAUUGACAAAGAUCAGUCCCGAUGGGAUGAACAUCUCGGAGAAUUUCAACUAGCGUAUAACAGUUCAUACCACGCUUCAUUAAAAUUGUCACCAUACUUUUUGGUACAUGGUCAAGAACCAAGGUUGUCGGGUAAAAUAACUGACCUCGAGUUGGACGACAUCACAACUGAAAAUGAUAAAUGGAAAUUACGAAUCCAACGAUUAGAUGAACUAAGGCAUAAAGUUGAAGCAGUCAUGCGUAAGGAAAAUGAACGACAAGAAAAUUAUCAAAGUAAAAAUAAUUCUAUUCCGGAAGUAAAAGUGGGGGAUGAGGUCUUUUAUCCGAAUAGAAAAUUGAGUAAUAAAAGUCAAAGAUAUAGCGCGAGUCUGGGUAUGAAAUAUCUGGGUCCAGCUAUCAUAAGUAAAAUAAUAAGUCCAUGUAUCAAAGAGGACGAUUGUUUAACCGAGGCCGGGGGGAUCCCGCCUCAAGGGGCCGGCAGGCAGCCGCCUCUAUUAGUCGGGGAGUCCGAGUUUCGAGGUGUCCAGGAGGCCGCUCGAGUCUCUACCGAGCCGGCAGUUACGAAGAGAGACCGGUGA